AUGAUUUAUAUCUCACUUUUUCUGGGGAUAAUGUAAUUUAUCUCUGUUUUGAAGGCGUGUUCGCUUGUGGAGGGGAAUGACCUCAAUUUGUAGGGAAUUGAAAAUGAAAUACUUUAUAUUGACAUUCGAGAAUUCUUUAGCUUAGAGCAAGAGAAUUUUCUUGAAUUAGAACCAAAAGAAACAGUUAAGAAUGUUAGGAUCAUUAAUACAAUCGAAUAAACUUAUGAGAUUCCAUUGCAAUUAGUGAGUAAUCCUAUACAUAUCAAAAAUGGGAAUAAGUUAAACCAAAAUUCAGAGAGUACCAUUAUAAUCAUAGAUGAGGAGAAUAAUUUUUAUGAAUAUUCUCUUUCCUCUAAAUAGUUUGUCAAAUUUUAAGUUGAUGGCUAUCAUGAAUUUUUAAAUUUGCUUGAUGGAAUCUAAUUGACUGUUUAUGAUAAAAAAUAUUUAAUCUUAGAUUAAAGUACUAUUGCAUAGACUUACCUUAUAUUGUACGAAGAAGUAUUUUAGAGCGAAUUUAAAAAGAUAUUUGAGUAUAAUAAGCCAUUUCGCUAAAAUGAUGAGAACAACAAAUUAUUUGGAGUAGGAAACACUAUUUACAGAACAAAUUACAAGUAAAUUGAAAUAUAUUAAAUUGAAUAAAAUAUUUUAAAGUUUAAGGGAUAUCUGAUGAAAUCAUAACAAAACCAGGAUUGUGGUCCCAUUUCAAAUAUUAUCAAAGCGAAAAUUCAUUAAAACAGCAUUAGUUUUAUUGAUUAAGAUACUCUGGUAAUAGUUCAAUUGAGAGGUAAUAUCAAUGAUGAUAUUAACUAAAAAUGUAUUAAAUUCAAUGAGAAAAUCUAUGGUUAUGAUUAUUAUGAAUAGCUGGAUGAAUAUGUUGUUUUUACUAGGAAUCAAUUAUUAUUUGGAAAUUUAAGAAGAGACUUGAACAUUCCAGUUAUGCAACACAACACAAAUGUCCUUCUUACAUAGAAUUAAAUUUUGUUUGUUAUAGGUCUUAAUAUAGAAAUUUAUUCAAAAGAACUAAAAUUUUUGGAUCUAAUUAUUAAUUAAAAUUAUUUUGUGAUUGAAGUGAUGCCUGAAACUAAUGAAUUUAUCUUAUUCGACAAGGACAACGCUAAAGUAUUUCAAUUGUUUUAAUCUCCUAUGAUUAGGAUAACUAGUUAAAAUGAGGAUAUAGAUUUUUAAUUAAAACAAAUAACAGAGUCAAAAUAAUGCACUCUGGAUAUACACUUUUCCUUUCAGAAGAUAAAUUAUGAUAAAAUCUUUGAAAAAUUAUAGAAGGAAAAGCUUGUUCCUUCAACAGAGUGGAAUUUCAAGGAUUGUAAUUAAAAGUAGAAUUAGAUCUCUAUCUUACAGCAAAUAGUUAAAGAAAAAAAGACGAAAUUGAUAAUAGAAUUACCUUCACUAUCUAAUUCGGAAUACAUAUUAAUUAGAGAGGAUCAAAAUAAAUUUACAUUGAUAGUACAAUAAAAAAAUAUGAAGAGUUAUGAUGAAUAUUAAUUCAUAUUAGAAAUCUAAGACUUUGAAAAAUCGGAUAAUUAACUAUGGUGGGUUUUCGAUGAUUAGGUUUACUUAGCUUUUCGUUUAUUAGACACAUACUUUAUAUUUAGAUUAGACUAUGGAAUCUAAAACCUUUUGUUUUACAAUGAGAUAAAAUUGAGUGUUAAAAUAUUGAAAGUUGUAUCAAGCGGAAACUACCUCUUCAUGCUUGGAGAGUAGAAAGCAAAUAUGAAUGUGCUCCUUUAUUCUUCCUUGUUAGAAGUUGAACAGGAACCCAAAAAAAUAUAACUCUUAGCCGUCAAAGAUAUUUUUGCUUCACCAUUAUUGAAGAAUUACGUAAUAAUAAAAAUGGAUAAACUAUUGGCAGUUUAUCAUAUUCUAAUUGCACCAACAUAAGUAUUCAAAGAAAUUGUGAAACCUUUAUAAACAAAUGUUAUCAUUUUUAAGAGUUAUUUUGUUAUUUUGAUGAAAUCUAGUGAUGAAAAAGAGAAGAUUUGUGAUUUUUAUUUUUUUAAAAGUUAAUAAACAAUAGAAAAACUCGGAAGCAAUCCACUAGAACAAUUUUCUGAGAUUUAAAUUUAAGAUGCCCUAGUUUAACCUAGUUAAAACGUCUUUUACUUGAAAUGUUAAGUUAAACUUAAAAAUAUUAGGAGAAACGCUCUUGUUGCAUUCAAAGUUGGUAGACCCAUAUAUAAUUCUUUGAUGUUUAUUUUAUUAAGGAAUAGGAAUAGUGAGUAUUAAGUCGUUUCAGAACUUCUAUUAAAAUAAAAUAGUAAUUAAUUAAUGCCAAUGAUCUCAAUAAGAAAUAAUGAAAUGUGUCUAAUAUAGGAGGAUGAUGAAAAGAUUAUAGAUUUUGAACCAUUGAAAGAUGAAGAUCUAAAUUUGGUAGAUGGGGAAGAUCGCCCACCAAUUUUAGAUAAUGGUGGUGACGAUGAUCAAAAUAAUAAAGACGAUCAAAACGAUGACGAUACACUUGAUUUGAAUGCUGAUGAAAAAUUACCAAUAGGUUCCUUCUUAGUUAUGAGCACAAUAGAAGAGGCUUUGAUCUAUUCACUUUUCAGGACUUUUGGUAGAAGAAGAGUUGAGACUAUUGAUGUUGUAUGA